AUGAUUGACGACCAGGACCCGGGUUUCUUUGCCAACUUUCUUGAUAUCUUUAUUUUUGUGUUGGUGAUUGCUUACCAUUGUGUGAUGUCAGAUCCCAAAUAUGAAGGCAAUUGA